AUGUUUACCAAGUCUCCAGAUGAAGAGCGAUCUCUACAGAUUCUGGAAGACACUCCUGCCCGAAGCAAAACGAUCACUCUUAAGCAUGCAAAAGAGCUACAUGGUGAAAUACAAAAACUAAUAGCCAAAGGCUAUGCCAGAAAGUUAGAGGAAGAAGUCGUGGAGAAACCCGAAAACGGAUGGUACUUGCCCAUUUUUACCGUACGAAAUCCACAUAGACCUGACAGGGUCAGAUUGGUGUGGGACGCGGCAGCUCAAUUAUCGGGAGUAGCCCCAAAUGACUUUCUUCUAAAGGGACCCGAUAUUUUCGUGCCCUUGCUGCAGAUUAUGUAUAACUUUAGAAUGAGAGCAAUUGGUGUCAGCGGUGACAUCGCCGAAAUGUUCCAUCGAAUAGCAGUAAGAGAAGAAGACGCUAAAGCACAACGAUUCCUAUGGCAAAAUCGGACAACAGGCGUCGUGGAAACUUUCCAAUUAAAUGUGUUGACAUUUGCGCACUAUGUGCGCGACCUGAACGCUAAGAAACACGCAGAUAAGUUUCCUUCGGCAGCUAAAGCUAAUCAGAGAAGUCACUACGUAGACGACUUCAUCGAUUCAUGCCAUUCGGAAGAAGAAGCCAUUACAUUAGCGAAGGAAGUUAGAGAAGUCCACGAACGCGGAGGCUUCCAUAUGCGCAAGUGGUUAUCAACGGGUACUAGCUGCACUUUGUGA